CUCAAUAAAAUUGAAGCAAAUCACAAAUUAUCCAUAAAUAACAUGAUUAAUUAAAAGCUUCUUUCUUUCAAUUAAGUUUCUUCACUCUCCACAUCAACUUCAUUCUACACAAUUAGAAAGAAAAAAUUAGACAUGUCUCCACAAACAUAAAUAAGAUUAGUUGUUUAAAAUAGGUUUAAUACACUUGUAUAUCCAAAAGUAUCGCAUUUGUGCCAAUAAUAUCCAAAAAUCCGGAAAUACCACUUAUAUCCAUAUUUUAAAGUUGUUCUUUGUCAAAUCUAUCCACUUCCGUUAAAUGCUUUGACGGCGUUAAUAACUCCGUCAACAUAGCUGACGGCAAGUUGAUUGUACGCCAACUAUGCAGACACGUAAGCGCCAACUACGCCAAAAGUGCCACGUAAGAAUGAAUUAAAAAAUAAUAAUUAUUUUUUUUAAAAACCUAAUCCCACAUAUUCCCACUGACGACGAACAAGGAGGACGUUUAGUCCCCCUUUCUCCUUUCGUUUUUAGGGUUCGCACCCUGGCGGCGACAAAAUCUCCUCCUGCCGACUUAGCCUCCUCCAAGCGAUUUAAGAUCAUCCCGCCGACUGUAUAUACUCCCUGGGAUUGAAGAUCCUCCCGCCGAGUGAAGAUUUCGGAUUCGUGGUUUCUGGCGAUUUGGCGACUCCUGCGAUUCUGGCGGAUUUGGCGAUUGGCGAUCGGCGACCCAGAUUCACGACAAAAGCUAUUUGAAGACCCAGCUUUCCAUUUGUCGUAGGUGAUUAACUUCUUUGUUGAUUCUCGUCUCUGCAUUUGAAUUCAGUCGACGUCUCGCCAAGUCGAAGAAAUGUUCUUCUUCAACUUCGACACAAGGUCAUGGGGUGGUAGUUUGCAAACACAACGUGGCCUGUGUGGUUAAUACCUCUGGUACGGAAAUGAACCCAGGCAGGCAGUUCUAUGGGUGCCCAUAUUGGAAGAACGAGAAAAAGAACUGCGGUUUCUUUAGGUGGGUACAUGGGAUAGUUGAUGAAGUGGAUGAAGAAACCUCUACUAUUGGGAGUUCUCAACUGAAGCUCGAGGAAAAUUUACGGAUAGCCGAGUCAAAAGCGGAAAUGAGGAAGAAGGAGAAGAGAAUUUUGGUUGAAGAGUUGUCAAGGUUGAUGAAGACUCAAGAAGUUAUGUUGGAUGAAGGAAGGAGAUUGGCUUAUGACAUCCGUCUCAUCCGAUAUCAUUUCACAGUGGUUGUUGUAGUGAAUUUCAUAUUGCUUGUUCUUUUGUGGCAGCACCAGUUUGUUAUGUAGAAGUAGUUGUAUUGUACUAGGUUUGCUUCCAAUUGAAAGGUGAUUGUUGUAUCUUAGAUGAGAUGUUAAACACAAGGGAGUUGUGGCAGCACCAGGUUUGCUGUCAAUUGUAGUUGUUGUAGGUUGUCAUGUUUGAAUUUGAGAUGUUAAACACAAGGUAGUUGUGUUAUCUUUCUUAAAUGAGUUAAAUAGUUUAAGUUGUUGUAGUUGAUGAGCUUCCAAACAUGAGCUCCAAUCUGAGAUACUAAAUAGUUGUUCAUUACAGAGUAGUCUAAGAUUCGGAAGCCUAAAUAGUUGUGCAUAAUUACAUAGCAUCCGAUAAUAGAAAUCGGCCAUUACACUAGUCAGCUAAACAAAAGGACAUCUAGUGAGGUAGCUUAAUGGCCUAUCACAAAAAAUAACUUGUUUGUGUAUAAUUACAUAGCAUCCGAUAAUAUAAAUCGGCCAUUACACGAGUCAGCUAAAUAAAAUGACCUCUAGUGA